AUGAACUUUUACGUCGCCUCGCGCAGCUUCGCCGCAUGGUCUGCCGCUGGUGCGUCUUCCAGGGCAGCAGGCGCAGAAGCUUCCGAGGCAGCGACUGCUAUCUCUGGGUCGAAAUCACUUCCCAAAAGCAAGACUCUGAUAGCGGUGCAAGCGGAGUUUAAAACGCGUACAGUGAAGGACGAGGAAUGGGGGGAUGGGAGAGGAGGGCGGAGGAGGAUCAGGAAAGUGGAAGGGGGAGAAAAGGGAGGUGGGAAUGAGAGGGUUGAGAGGGUAGUAGCUGGGAAUGCAGCGGGGAAGAGUGAGGGAGGCAUGAGGAAGAGACACGGGAGGAAAGGCUGCAAGGAGGAGGAGAAGGAGGAGGAGGCAGUGGCAGUGAUUGCUGAAGUGCUGAGGGAGAGAUUCGGGCGUCAGAUUGUGAGAGAGGAGUGGGAGGAGUGGGAGAGUGAUAUAAGUAGCAGUGGGGACAGAUUGGUCAGGGGAACAGUGAAAGAGGCGGAAGAGGAAGAUGGGGGAAAUGAGGAGGAGGAGGAAGAGGAGGAGGAAGAGGAGGAGGAGGGGGGUGUAGAAGGAUUUGGAGAGGAAGAAGAAGGAGCAGGAGCGAGUGACGAGGAUGCACCCGGGGCCACAUCUCCUCUCACACCCCCUCCAUCUCCAGCCAAGAGCCGGCGGGUCGUAUCUCCCUCCUCCCUCCUCUCCCUCUACCGCUUCUUCUCCUCCCACCUCGGCAUCUCCUCGCCUUCCACUGUCGCUUCCCUCCUCACCUAUAAGCCCCAACUCCUCCGCUCCAAUCCCACCAAUGACUUCCUGCCACGUGUCCAUCUCCUUCAAUCAUACGGCAUUUCCAAUGCUGACAUCGUGCACAUGACUCUGAGAAAUCCAGCCUGGCUCCGAUCCUCCCUGCCACGGAUUCAGAGUGUGCUUGAGUUUCUCUUGGCUAAAGGCAUCCGCCAAAGCAGAUUGGGCUCGGUGCUUUUGUACGGAUGGGGCUUACUCUGCUAUGAGGCUCAUUCAACGAACCUGGACAUUCUGGUGGAGAAGGCAGGGGUUCCUGUGGACAAGCUGGGUGUGAUUAUAGAGAGAUGGCCGGCCAUCUUGACUCGGAGUGAAGAGACGGUGAAAAUGCAGCUUGAGAUGCUAUCAGCCUAUCUCUACGCGGGACCUGGAAGGAAGGUAGAAGCGGAUACUUCCAGCACAAGCUCCCUGAAGCAGCGACUACAUGAGCCACAUCUGGACAAGAGCCACCUUAGCAAGCUUAUCCUGAACUGUCCAUUCAUUCUCUCAAAAUCUCCCUAUCGCAUUGCAGAGAAUAUCGCCAUUCUGCAGUCCUUCACUCCCCCAGGCACCCCCUCCGUUGCGAGCUCUGUGCUUCGUCGCGCCCCGAGCAUUCUUGGUUACAGCAAAGAAACUCUCUUAGCUAAGCUCCAAUUCUUUGGGGAGCUGGUGGGGGAGGAAGGGGCAGGAAGAGUAGCGGGGAUUUACCCAGGGGUUCUGCUACUAUCGAGGGAGAAUCUGCAAGGUAAAGUGGCGGCAUUGGCUGAUUUGAUUGGCCAAGAAAACGUUGUGCGGGUGGUGGCACAAUUUCCUACGCUAAUGAGUUCUAGUGAAAGUGGCAUGAGGGAAAGUUUCAGAGAGCUUGUGCGAGAAGUGGAAGAGGCAUUGGGGAGCAGCGGAGAAGAGGGAAGUGGGACGCAAAUGUUGAGGGAAGGUGAUAGAGGUAACUGUUUGGCAGGGGGGGAAUACUCUCGAGCACAAAGUGUUGAGAGAUGCAGGGCUCAUCGGUUGGUGGUGGAUUUGGUUUUGAGGUACCCGUCGUCUAUCCAUUACAGUUGGAAAACGAAUCUGAAGCCCAAGGUGGAGUACUUAAAACGGGACAUGGGGCUCUCUAUAAUGGAGGUGCUUGACUACCCUCCAUUUCUUGGGUACAGUUUGGAUGGGCGAAUCAGACCGCGACACGUGGCGCUGGUGCGAAUGGGCUAUGCGGUUGUGGCACGUGAGAUGUCAAGCCGGAUGAGUGUUAGAGACAGGAAGGAUGAUUCGAUUGAAGCUGGGAUACAGAGGAGCAAGCUGGGUGUUGUGUCUAGCAAUGUGGAGGGGGUAGAGGGGACUGUAUGGGGAGCGGAAGAAGGGAAGAGUGGGCCGUUCGGGAGCAAUGAUGAGACAGGGGAGAGAGUUGUUACGGACCGGCAGCUUCUGGAUCUGGAGGUGUCAAAGAAAAGGGUAGGCCUGCACCAGUUUCUUCACUUCACAGACAAGAAGUUUGAGGAGAGGUUUGGGGUCAAACAGCCGCUAGCUGCUUCUGCUACAGCUGUCGCAGCCCUGCCUCUGCUGGACCUGCUACAGCUGUUUCUGUGGGUGGCGGUGUCACUGUCUGUAGCGGAGGAGCUGCUGUUCAGAGGGCUGCUGCUCACGGCCCUACAAGAGAAGCUCGGUAGGAUGGGCGCUGCCAUGCUGUCUGCAGCGCUCUUCUUCGGCCUCUUCCACCUCUCCCUCUUCCACCUCUUCCCCAGCAUGGCCCUUGGGAUUGCCGUCGGCCUGCUUGCUGGUGCGAAUGGGCAAUGGCUGUGUUGGAGACAGGAAGUUUGUUUCGUCGAGAACUGGAGAGGAGAGGAGCCAGCUGUGUUCGUGUCUGACAAAGUGGAGGGGGUAGAGGGGAUUGAAUGCGGACGGAAGAAAGAGUGA